AUGGACCUGACGCUGUUCGCAGCCAUCCGCGCUCUGGACGUAGUGGCGAGCUCCGCAGCUGCCGCACUGAAGCCCUCGUCUCUCACGCGCAGAGCCGCCGGCAAGCUCGCCACACCGCUGUUCUGCUUCUCCGCAGCCACGGUGAUGUGGUCCUGGUUCUACGCCCCCAGCCGCCUGCCCCGCAGCCACAACGCGUGGAUCUCCGCCGCCGCCGAGCUGGACCACCGUCUCGUGCUCGCCCUGCGACACGCGCGGUACGGCACCUUCCAGUACGGCAAAGACACGGGCAUGGCUCCGCUGCUGGGCUCCAUGGCGCGCGACUACGGCCUGCCAGAGGAAGCCGGCGAUCCCGCCAAGACGGUCCCCGUGCCGUGCGAGCUGGUGCACAUGGGCUGCGGCCAGAGCUGCGAGGCCCACGCGCUGUGGCGGUUCUGGCGCGGGUGGGCUUUCGCAGCGAAGCUGUACUUCCCGCUGCAAGCCCUUGCCCUGUGCAGACAUGUGGCGAAGACUGCGUCGCCCGGGAACCGCUUGGCCGGGCUGAAAAUACACACACUGGUCGCCGCCAUCAAGGAUGCUGCAACGCGCUCGUCCUUCCUCGGCGCCUUUGUCGCGCUCUUCUACUACGGCGUGUGUCUCUCGCGGACACGCCUCGGGCCGGCCCUGGUCUCGCCCAAGACCAUCACGCCGCAGAUGUGGGACUCGGGCCUGUGCGUUCUGGCCGGCUGCGCGCUGUGCGGACUCAGCCUUCUGGCCGAGGAGCCCUCGCGGCGGCCCGAGAUUGUGCUGUUUGUGCUGCCUCGCGCUGCCGCGACUUGGUUUCCGCGCCGCUAUCUGCCCGAGAACAGGGGACGGGAGCAUCUGGCUUUCGCCCUCGGUGCUGCGGUGGUCAUGUCUGCGGCUCAGGAAGACCGCGCGAGGGUGCGAGGCGUGUUUGGGAAGGUGCUGCAUCGGGUGUUGAGGACGGAUUGA